AUUGAUAUAGAUUAUCCCUUCAAAUUUCCGUGCGAUCCUUCAAUAGGAUUUGGUGAAACUGAUUUUUCAAAUUUCAUAAAUGCCAUAUCAGCACAAUUAGGUAAUAAGAAUUUAACAAUUACGGCUGGUCAAAAUCCUAUAAAGGGCAUAAACUCAGAUAACAUUGAUUUUAUAAAUAUUCAGGCAUUUCGUCUUAAUGUAAAUCACACGUAUGCAAGUGCUGGAAUAGAUCAAAUCGAGCCAAUUUUGAGCUCAUGGAGUGCUUUUGUAAAUCCUUCAAAACUCGUUUUAGGCGUUGAAUUCGGAGGCGUUGUCGAAAUUGUUUCUUCUAAUAAUAUUAAAUCAGACAUCGAGAGUCAACAUCUUCAACCAGUAAAUGACUCAAAUUUUAAGCUCCCUUCUGCUAAUGAACCGAUUUCAGAUCAAUGUAAACAUUCAUCAUAUACAUAUUGGUCUUGGGAAAUUUUAAGUAAUUUAUUAUUAUCAACUUCUUGUCCUACGAAUUUAAUUUCAUCGUCACAAUGGACCUAUG